AUGACGAGCCCUCUGCGACCGAGUAGAUCUAAUCCGGACAUAACAUCAAUAUCGCAGUAUUAUGGUCCUGUAAAGAGCGAGUGUCCAGAACAUGUACUGAAGAUUUACAGGAGCGACCAAACCUUCAAAUACCUAGCUGUCUAUAAGGAGACUACAGCUCAGAAUGUCGUCCAGCUAGCGUUACAGGAAUUCAACAUGACAGCCGAAGGUAGCCUGGAAUGGUCGUUAUGUGAAUGUACAGUCACAGAGGACGGAGUCAUAAAACAACGACGGUUACCUCCACAGAUGGAAAAUCUCGCAGAGCGAAUCGCUUUGAAUAGUCGGUACUAUCUGAAGAACAAUAAUCGCUCUGAACCACUUGUUCCCGAUGAUCUUGCUCCAGAAAUUAUGCGUGAUGCACAAGCACAAUUGCUUAGUCUCAAUGCUCAGGUAGUUGCUGCACAACUCACUUUGCAAGACUUCGCAGUGUUUGCAUCAAUAGAGCCCACGGAAUACAUUGACAAUCUCUUCCAGUUAGAGUCCAGGUAA